ACGAAAACAAUUGGUCAACAGCACCCAUUCCUUGCCGACAUCUUUCCGUUUCUCUUUAUUGUUGGAGAAUGGCCUUAUCCAACUAGAGAGCACCUUCAUUAUCGUCUUCCUCAUAAAGUCCUCCACCCGAGCCGAUGGGUCCAUAUUUCUGGCUCUUAGUGGUCAGCGGGUUGCUCGCCUGGGCCAGUUCCGUAUCAGGCGGUUUUCCCCACCAUCAACACGAGGAGACACCGUUGGGAACCGCAGAGGGCGUCGUAAACGGUAGUGCGGUCAGAUUCUCAGUCAAAUACGCGUCUGCAGAAAGAUGGAAAGAGUCUGAGGUUGUCUCAACAUGGUCGUUGCCAAAUGGAUUCACUGAUGCUAACAAGAUGCCUCUUGCCUGUCCUCAAGACACGUUGGACGCGUCGGCGUACUCCGAGGAUUGCUUGUCCAUGGUGCUGUAUGUUCCCAGGAAUCUCCUUGUAUCAGGAUGCAAUGAUGCUCCAACGUUUAUGUGGAUCCAUGGAGGCUCAUUCACCGAAGGAUUCGCCAGUGACUACGGUUUGGAUGGUUCUAUACUUGCUGUCGCCACCAACUCCAUCGUCGCGGUCGUGCAGUACCGCCUGGGAGCUCUCGGAUUUAUGUCCCCGGACGGUAACACGAAUCUCGCUGUGAAGGACAUGAUCAAUGCCAUGAAAUUUCUCCAAACGAUAGUGCCAUCUUUCGGAGGACAUCCUUCCAAAAUUACACUCGCCGGUCAGAGCGCGGGUGCCAUGAUGGUUCGCACUCUGCUUGCUGUUCCUUCGGCGUCGUCACUGUUCCAGUCUGCAAUCAUACAGUCUGAUCCUAUGAACUACGGAUUCCUCAAUGUUUCUACUCAGCAGACUCUGCAGAGUUACUACAACCAGCUCAUCGUUUGCGACUCGGCAGAUUCCUCCUGUUGGGAUUCUCUAACUAUUGACGAGAUCCUAGAAGCACAGUCGAUCCUCUACAACAACGCAUCCGCCAUCAACGCAUCAGCGAGCUUCGUGAUACCCAUACGACCCGUACGGGAUAACACCCUUAUCACCACGCCACUCGACUCAACUGCCAAAUAUCCCACCGUCACAAAAUCCAUCCUCAUCACCUCCGUCCUUGAUGAAGCUGCGGCCACCAUCUACGACCUGUUUCCCGAUGUCGUACCCCAGACAUCAUUUGAUGCCGUCGUGUCUGAAUUGCUGGGGGCCGACAGAACUGCAACAGUCGCAUCGUCGAGUUACUACCAAUCGAACGCAUCUGACGCGCGUGAUCUCCUGGUGAAACUCGGGACGGAUUACGUAUGGAGAUGUCCUGAUUGGACAAUGGCACGAAAUUGGGCUGGUAACGGAGGCGCUGCGUAUGUGGGACUCUUCACUGUCGGUGCACACUAUUAUAGCAAUGCGAAUAUCCCGUUCUGUCAGGAAGACGGAGCGGUAUGCCACUCGGACGACAUUGAGAUUGUGUUCGGCACCGUAUCCAACCCUGACCAGGCGCAUACGAAACUGAUUUCUCAAAUUCAACAGCGGUAUAAAUCGUUUCUCUGCGCGGGGCAUCCCAACCCACCUGGCCUUCCAGAAUGGAGCGCAGCUGGGACCUCCAAAGUUCACGCAUAUAAUCUCGGUGGUUGUGGCAAAGUUAAGGUUGGAGCUUGCAAGCCUGCCUUUUGGGGUUCCGCCGUAGAAUACGACUACCAGGUCUAUGGACUCUGAUUGACACCACGGCUGAAGAUGAUUAUUGCUCAACCGCGUCGUAAUACGCGCAUGUUAUUGUCUACGAUUCUGUAUUAACACUUGGAUACCCAUCGCUUUCUUGUUUUCAAAAAUCCAGUCUCAUCAUAUAAU